AUGGGAGUCCCAGUACACUUCUGGAAUGACAAGACCUUCACGGAGAUCGCCAACGCGCUUGGUAAAAAACUUUUCGUCGAUGACAAAAAGGCUCGAAUUCAAGUCUCCAUUGAAGCAGACAAGCCUCUGCAGUUUGAACGUAGAAUUGGCUUUCCAAAUGGCGAUAUUGGAAAAGUAACUCUCACCUCUGAAGUUCUUCAUCGCCACUGUUUUACUUGCAACCUCAUUUCCCAUGAUGAAAACACUUGCCCUCAGUUAACGCCGGAGGAAAGGGAGUACAAGAGGAAGCAACUUCUGGAAAACCAGGCCAACAAUGAUCAAACAAGACUCCCGAUCCAUGGCUCCCAAAAUUUUAACCCUAGGAAUCAACUAAAAAGACCCCGGCCCCCUCUGAAAGGGAGACACUACAGCCCUGCAGAAACCUCACGAAGCAACGAGCUUUACCAUGAUGAAAAAAGAAGGAAGAGCACGCCCUCAUUCUUCUCAACUCGUGAGACUCGAGUUACUACAUACCAAGCCAAUGAUCGCAAAAGCUCAAGCAGAGAAGAUAAUCGACAACCUCACCAUGGUAGGGAAGUGUGGGGCCGUUUAGAGAUCCCAACCAGAUGGGAAGAUACCCAUCGAGGACGCAGCAACAAUCAUCAUCCCCGAAGCUUGUCCCGCAAGGAAGAGACACGCCCAAUCAAAAAACCUUCAAUGGAAUGGCGCCCAAGACGCAAUGUUGAGAGCUCUAGGAGCUAA